AUGAUCUUGACAGAAUAUGACAUACAAUACACUACUCAAAAGGCCAUUAAAAGUAGUGUGAUUGCUGAUUAUCUUGCGCAUCAACCUGUGGAUGAUUACCAGUCUAUGCACUUUGAGUUUCCUGAUGAGGAUGAAGGACCUGAACCAGGGGUGCGAUGGACGCUUGCGUUUGAUGGUGCUUCUAAUGCGUUGGGUAAUGGUAUUGGGGCUGUUCUUACUUCUCCGACAGGUUUUCAUAAUCCAUUCACGGCCAGGAUUUGUUUUGGUUGUACUAAUAAUGUGGCUGAAUAUGAGGCUUGCAUAUAUGGUAUUGAGGUUGCCAUUGAUUUGAGGAUUACAAAUCUCGCAGUUUAUGGAGAUUCUGCUUUGGUGAUUAGUCAAAUCAACAGAGAUUGGGAAACGCGCCACCCCAAAUUGAUUCCUUAUAGAGAACAUGUUAUGAAAUUGGCUCAAUAUUUCGAUGAGAUCACCUUUGAUCACAUCCCUCGAGAGGAAAAUCACUUGGCUGAUGCUUUGGCCACUUUAGCAUCCAUGUUCAAAGUUAAAUGGGACAACGAAGGGCCUUCAAUUGUGAUCAAAAGGUUGGAUGAGCCCGCAUUCUGUGGCGUUAUUGAUAACGUGCCUGAUGAGAAACCAUGGUUUUACGACAUUAAGAGAUUUCUGGAGACCCAAGAGUAUCCUGAGGGUGUUUCCCUUACGGAUAGGAAAACUCUGAAGAGAUUAUCUUCCAAGUUCUUCCUUGCUGGAGGGGAAACUCCUUUCUCAUUGGUAUAUGGCAUGGAAGCAAUCCUUCCGGUUGAGGUCGAGAUUCCUUCAUUAAGGGUAUUGACAGAUGUGAAGGUCAGUGAAGCUGAUUGGGUUUAG